GUCAAUUUUUUCAAUUGUGUGAAGCUCGGGGAGAAAAAGAGCAUUUAUCUGGCUUAUCCACAACGAGAGUGCAAAGAAAUGGCAAUGGCUCUCCUUAGCUUUAAUCCACUUCACUGUCUCCUGUCUACACCGGUUUCUUCUUGCACAACAUCCUUGCCCAUUGCUGUUUUACCAAUGUCCAGGUUGCGUUUAAAACCCAUUAAUCAUCCUCAAUCAAAAUGUUCAAUUGGUAGACAAAUUGUACCCAACAAAAAAAGGUUGGCGAUGAAGGUACAAGCAUCGUCUGCGAGUACCGAUAGCGAGGCACAGCUUCCAGAAGAAACAAAGAAGGAAGCUUUGCCGGUUGAACAACUUCCUCUGGAGUCCAAGAUGCAGCAGAUGACGGAACAGAAGAUGAAGAUGAAGCUGGCAAAGAAAAUAAGACUUCGUAGAAAGCGACUUGUUCGCAAGAGGAAGAUGAGAAAGAAGGGACGAUGGCCACCUUCCAAGAUGAAAAAAUUGAAGAAUGUGUGACCUUAGCAGUAAAAGGAGCAAAAUGCAAUUCAACCCCCUAGUACAAGGACUUUCAUAAUACUUUUACCAAUCUCGAUGACAAAAAAAGGAGGGUAAUUGUGAACAAAGUGUUCAUGAAUGCAAUUCUACUCAUCAUCCCUUCACCUUUCUCUUUUGUCUUUUAUUACUUUUCCUUUGUUAUUUGGACCAUGGCUGAGUUUUUGCUUGAUUGCUUUUAACUUGAUGAUUAUGGACUAUACGAUUGUUAGCUAGAAUAAUUAAGAACCCUAAUUUGAGAUUAUUGGUACUUUGCUAAGGGUGCUUGUUGCAAUAUAAGGUUUAUUCAUUCAA